AUGUCGUAUUUUUCUGAGUAUAAAGAUCUGAUAGAGGAAGGUGAUUUGGCUCUAGUUUGGAUUUCCAGGGACAACAUUAAGCCUAUAACGAUAGAUGCGAAGGAGACUUUUAACACGAGAUAUGGCUCAUUUCCACACACACAAAUGAUUGGAAAACCUUAUGGCUCUCAGAUUGCGAUUAGGACCAAAGGAUCCAAUAAGUUUGCUUUCAUUCAUGUUUUACAACCAACGCCAGAACUGUGGACGACAUCAUUACCGCAUAGAACACAAAUCGUAUACACGCCAGAUUCCUCUUAUAUUAUGCAAAGAAUGAAUUGUGGUCCCACAACAAGAGUCAUUGAGGCUGGUACUGGAUCGGGCUCUUUUUCACAUGCUUUUGCCAGGUCUGUUUCGCAUUUGUUUAGCUAUGAGUUUCAUGAAGUUAGAUAUCAGCAAGCGCUCAAAGAAUUUGAACAUCAUGGCUUAAUAAAUCGUGAUAAGACUGUAACCUUGACUCAAAGAGAUGUAUGUGCCAACGGGUUCGCCAUCAGACCUGAUGACAUUACCUCACAUAAGUUCGGUGAAAUUGAAGAACAACUGAGUAUCAAUGCUAAUGCAAUUUUCUUAGACCUGCCUGCUCCAUGGGAUGCCAUUCCCCAUUUGGAAGGUGUAAUAAGUAAGGACGAAAAGGUGUCCCUAUGCUGCUUUUCACCAUGCAUCGAACAAGUCGAUAAAACCAUUGAGGCUAUGGAGAAAGAGGGAUGGACAGAGAUUCAAAUGGUUGGAAUUCAAGGAAAACAGUAUGAAAGUCGCAGACAAAUGAUAAGGACGUUGGAUGAUGCUAUUGAGAGGCUAAGAGAUGUUAAGAAACGUAAAAGUGACGGUAUGGAGAGGCGCAAAAGGUUAUGCGAUAGUGUAUUAAAUGAUGACGAGACCAAGGCAACUGAUGAAAAAAGACCACAAACUGAAAAGACACGGUUCAAUCCCUUUGGAAAAGGAUCUCGUGUCAAGGAAGGGGACAUAAAUUACAAGUGGAAAGAGGUUACAAAAGUUGAGUCUGAGGUAAAAUCGCACACUUCCUAUUUGACAUUUGCAUCUAAAAUUAUUAAUAAAGAUAGAAAUGAACGAACUGUAAAGACGCUGCUUGAAGAACUUGAAAAGAAAUGA